UGUGGCCCAAUAUUGGAUGGCGCUUGGACUUCUUAAAACCUCUGAUGAAACUGAAGAGUUAGAAGAUGUUGCUGAUCAAUAUAUCAAAGAUUUAUGGUCAAGGGGUUUCUUAGAGGAUUUCUGGGAUCGUAAUUUUUGUUGGCAAUUUACAGUGCAUGAUCUUAUGCAUGAUCUUGCACUAUCAAUGACAAAAGGUGAGUCUGCAUUCAUAAAUUUCGGAAGCCAAAAAGUUGAUGGGAAAUUUCGGCAUUUUUCACAUGGUGACACAGAGUUAUGUGGUGAAGAAUUUUUACAACUCGUAGUUAAUAACUCAAGGAGUGUUCGAAGCGUUGUCCUUCCAGUAGCAGAGAAAUACGGAGAUGCGCCUAUUCUUAGAUCAUUUAUUAGUGAAGAUAUAUCUAAAUUCAAGUACCUCCGACUAUUAUUCUUGUAUGGUAUACUUUUGGAAGAGUUGCCAAAUUCUAUCGGUACAUUGAGACAUUUGAGGUACCUUGAUCUAGCUCAGAAUUCUUCAUUGAAGAAGAUCUCUGAAUCUAUUUGCGAGCUUCAAAAAUUGCAAAUGUUAAGACUUCGUAGUUGUUAUCAGCUUAAGAAGUUGCCUAAUAACAUACGCAAGAUGAUUUCCCUUAGAUACUUGGAAAUAACCACACAAGAUGAUGUUCUUCCAGAAAAUGAAAUUGGAUGUUUGGGUUCCCUUCAAUAUUUGUACUUAUAUCACUGCUACAAUCUAGUAAGUUUGUGUGAAGGGAUGCAAGGUCUGAAAAGCCUCCGAACGUUGCAUCUAGAAGACACUUCUGUGAGCUCGUUACCAAAUACUAUCAAAUACCUGACAAAAUUAGAGAUGUUAGUGAUUUCGUAUAGCCACAAUCUUAAUUUGAAGAUGGAAUUGCAAGCAGAAGAUCUUGACCUGAGGCUGAGUCUUAAAAAAUUCAUAGUUUAUGGUUUAGAUUCACUAGUGGAUUUGCCCCAGCUUCUUUUUCAAGCAUCUGCUGGCACUCUGAAGUACAUAGAGAUUGGAACAUGUAAAAACUUAGAAGCACUACCAGAGUGGUUUGAAAAUCUCACAUCACUUGAAAAACUUCAGAUUAAAGACUGCCCCAGAUUGUCAUCUCUUCCAGAAGGGAUAGAACGCCUUACUUCCCUCAAGGAAUUGGUGAUUAGAGACUGUCCUGAUCUGAUUGAAAGCUGCAGAAAUGAUGAGUCGAAGAUUGCUCAUAUUCAACUGAACCUUUCAGAGCCAUUAACUGAAACAGCAGGACCUGAUGAAGUCAUUGGAGACCUUAAGAGGAAGCUUGAACUCUUUCAAACAAAAGUCAGUCAAGCCGUCAGCGUGUUAAAGCCUCAGUUAAGCAGUGAAAGCCAGAGCAGUGCAGUGGCAGCAGUCCAAGAGCUAGAAGCGCUGGCAAUGAUGGACAUUAGCACGCCGUUGAAAGAGGAUCCUCAAGUAGCACAAUCACAGCCUCCAGAACAACAACAACCACCGCAACCACCGCCGUUGUAAAAGGAAUAGGAUAAUGUUGCAAAUCUAAUUCUCAUUCUUUGUGAAUUCUAUGUUGUUUGUGCAACUGUGUAUUUGACAUUAGAUUUUCUAUGCAA